GGGGGAGGAGGAGGAGGAGGAGGGGAGGGAGAAGCCCCCGCUCUUACAAAAGCUUCCCGGGCGAGGAGCGGUGGUUUAUCCCGCGGGGUGGCCGCCAUGCCCCUGAGGAAGCCCACGGGCAAGCGCCGCAGCACCGACUCGGGCGUGGAGCCCGAGCGCGGGGCCCUCUCCCAGGAAAAGAAGGAUCAGCGCAUCGCACUUUUCCUCAGCGACUUCGACCAGCAGGCCAAGGAAAAUAUCCAGGAAAUGAAGAAAGAGCUUGAUUCGCUUUUGCAAACAGCUGAGAAGGCGUUUACAGUGGAGCUGCUGAAGAUGCCGGUUGCCAUCAGGAAAAUGAGAAGAAAAGACUUGCUUAAUUUGCGAGGAGGGGAGGAAGUGGCUUUUGCUGCUGCAGUGACUGACUGCUCUCUACAAGACAUACCAAAUCCAAAACUGGUGACGACAAACAGAAAAAAAGUUAAGGUAACUACAAUUGUUGAAUAUGAAGAUGCCAAGCACAUUUCUGCAAACAAAAUACCUAAAAAAGUUUCCAAAACAAAGUCGUUGGUUUCAUUGGCCUCUGGUUUAAAUAGCAAACUGAACUCUCUUUCUAGGUCUGGUCACUCUUCUGCUAUUGUGACUGAGGCUGUUAAGUCUCUUGCUUCUGACUACAGUGCCACAAAUUUCAAAGCCACGCCGAAGGUAUCUAAAAGUACUGGACUACAACAGACUGUCUCAAGAACUGUACCUACCAGUGGAAGAGGUCAAGGCAUGUUACUAAGAAGUAAAUCAGUACCCCAAGAUAAAACUGUUCCGUUUGUAAACAUACCCCUGGCUGAUGGACAGACACUCUGUACGGCUGGUGGAGAUCUCCAUAAUAUUGAUGUGCAACUACUAAAUCAAGAUACAGUACAGCAUAUUCAUAACUUAGUGGAACAUAGCCUCAUCUUGUACGGGGACAAGAACCAUACCACUGUUGGCAUCUUACAAAUAAAUAUUCACUGUGAACACCUUGGUAAAUCAGACACACUCAAGAGGACAGAUAAGACUUUCUACAAGAGUCAGCUUUAGGUCAAUUUUAAUCACUGUAUAUGCAGAAAUAGAUAUGUCACAAAAUAAGCUAGAUGACUUCUUGAGUUGUUUUUUCUGUUCAGCUUCUUGAAGCCAGUAUUAAAAGAUAUAAAAAAAGUGUCAACUAAAAAAUGGUUCUAAAUGCAGUUCUAGCGAUCAUGUUUUCUUCUUCCCCCAACAUAUAGAAUAUUCAUUUAUAGUACUACCUCUAAGUACUUAAGCUGCAGCUGUUUAUUACUGAGAACACUCAACUAAUGUUUAUUUGAUUAUUCAUAGGACAGUCACAUUGUUAAAGCAUUAAUAGCUAUGUUAAGCAUUAAACUUCAUCAGUAAACUACUAAAGCAUUA